AAAAUCUGAACUUUUCUUCAAUUUUGACUGAGCCAAAAAAAAACCCUAAAGAGCAUCAUCAUCUAUAAAACCUUUAACCCAAUUGACUUUUCUUUCCGCUCACACAGUUCUCGUAGCCGUUGCUCUGUGACAACGAUAUGAGUACUACUACACUCGCCUCUGGGAAAAAAAAGACAAACCUUUCUUCUCCCAUGGCUAACACAUCAUCACCCUUGUGUUCUUCUUCCCCUUUGUUGAUGAUCCCAAAGGUCUUGCCUUUGACUAUGAGGAGGAAGAGACCCACCCAGUUAGAUAUCCCUGACAUUAAACCGGCUCGAACUGAGUACUCCAUAUUCAGAGACUUUGCUCACCAAAACGACGCCGUAUCUCUUGGUGGUAACGGUUUUGGUCUUGUCUCCAGGAAGGGAAAGAAGAAGUUUAUGGAAGAUAGUCACAGAGUUGUUCCUUGUUUGCUUGGUAACUCCAAAAAGGGUUUCUUUGGAGUUUAUGAUGGUCAUGGAGGUGGGAAAGCUGCUGAAUUUGUGGCUGAGAAUUUGCACAAACAUGUUCUUGAGAUGAUGAAGAAGAACUGUAAGGAGAAGGAUGAGAAAGUUGAAGCCUUUAAAGCUGCUUACUUGAGGACUGAUCGUGAUUUCUUAGAACAGGGUGUUGUGAGUGGUGCUUGCUGUGUUACUGCUUUGAUACAAGAUCAGGAGAUGAUUGUCUCGAAUUUGGGAGAUUGUAGAGCUGUUUUGUGCAGGGCAGGUGUUGCUGAGGCUCUUACUGCUGAUCACAAAGCUGGAAGGGAUGAUGAAAAGUUAAGAAUUGAGAGUCAGGGAGGUUAUGUUGAUCUUCAUCGAGGGGCUUGGAGAGUUAAUGGGACACUCGCUGUUUCCAGAAGCAUUGGAGAUGCAAACUUGAAGAAGUGGGUGAUUGCUGAACCUGAAACAAGAAUACUCAAAUUGGAGCAAGAUAUGGAGUUUCUUGUCUUAGCUUCUGAUGGACUUUGGGAUGUGGUCAGUAACCAAGAUGCGGUUGACACCGUGCUGCAUGUUCUAGCUCAGAGGAAGACGCCUACAGAAAGUGAGGCGGAGAACUUGGGGCAGGGCCAUGUCAAUGUGAGCCCAUCUUCGAAACUCCGUCGUGUUUCGCUGGUCGAUUCACCACCAGUUCUGUCUCCAAUAUGUGCAAAGUCCCCAAGUAGCUACAACAACUCAGAGAAUGAACCACCCUCACCCCACUGUGAAAACGGGAGUCCACUUUCAAAGUUACGGAGGACCACACCGGUCAGGCGAAUGAAGAUGGACUCCGAGUCUUCUUGGGCCAAGGCUGCUUGCAAAGAACUCACUAACCUGGCUAUGAAAAAAGGUAACAUGGAUGAUGUUACAGUGGUGAUCAUAGAUCUCGAUCACUACAAAUGCUGAAGACUCUUACCAACUUACUCUUUACAUGCAUAUAUGCUUGUUGAGUUGUCUCUAUAGUAUCAUAUCCCUUGGCAACUUUUAAUGGUUAUGUAGAUUCUUGUUGAUAAAUGAUGAAUCUCACCAAAAAUUUCUUAUU